GCGGGGAUGUCGGGGGUUGGUCUCAGGGCUGCACAAGCCUUGGGGUGGCUAGGAGGGUAGCAGCGGCCAUGCCGGCAGGUGGGCUCUCCAGAUGCAGUGUGGGGGUGUGCAGAGCACUGGGGGGUGUGUUGCAUGGCUCGGUGACCACUCCCCCUCUCUGGGGACAGGCUGUGCAUGGAUCUGAGCCCAGGCAGCCCAGGAGAGUGGGCCGGUCAGACGCCAGUCAGGGCCAGGAAAGGUCAGGGCUGAUCAGGUUCCCGAGAGUGCCAGCCUUGGUCUUGGUCCCAUUCCCGUGUCUGGGAGUGAGGAGGUCCCGCCCCUUAAAUCCACCAGGGACACAGCUGGCAUCCACAGGGACUUUGACUGACCAGCCCGGCUGAAGGUGGUGGGGGUGGCAUCAGCCCCCUGGGGGGUUUGGAUCUGUGCCUGUCCCCAGGCCCCACCACAGAGGGGGCCCCCUGAGGCGCAGAGGCCAAGGCCUGCCUCCAUGCUCCGCUCCCUCCCACUGGCUUGCCAGUCCCACAGGGGCACAGAAGUGGGGACAGGCCGAGUUCUGGGAACCCCCCAAGCUGCCCGAGGUCCUGGGAUAGUCCUGGCUCACUGUGACAGGAUGCCAGGCACGGAGUCCCCACAGAGCCUGGGGCCGGAGGCGAGGGCCGCCCCCCAGAGGCCAGGCUGGGCCGUGUCUCAGGGACCUGCCCUCCCCAGGGGGACUUCCAAACUGGGCCACAGCCCAGUGGAUGGAGCCGCACCCAUGCCCGACGGCCCCUUGACACAGCUCUCCUUGGGCCUGCAGAUGGCAGCCGGGCCAGAGCCUAGGGAGGCCAGGUAUAGUGUCCCCACCUGCGGCCUGGAGGAGGCCAGACCAGGGUCUCUGGGACGGUCACCCAGGCCUCUGUGGGUUGGCGUUGGGCUGGCUCACGCUCGGGGAGUGGACUGUGGCCUGCCGCCUGGGCCUGGCAACUGGCAGGGGUCACCUGAUGCCCACUGGUCAGCAGUGGCCUGCGCCAGUCCUCGUGUUUGCCCGACAAAGGCGGGGUGUGCUCACAGGCACUUCAUGCCUACGUGUGUGUCCUCAGCCAGUGGACAUUGGCUCUGGGCACUCAGCAGGGUGGGGGGCAGGGUGCCCGGGCUCAUCUGGCGCUCCGCCUGGCGGGCAGGACUCGGCGCUGGGGGAAUGUAUGGGUUACGGGGACAGCGUCUGCAGGAAGGCCGUCCCUGGACUGUGCUGCACACCCUCCCCCGAGGACCUGUUUCCCCGUCUGUCUGUGGGACCACAACCCCCAGGCUGCCCCUCUUUCGAGGGCCAAGGUGAUUGCGGGUGUCUGCGGAGAACCUCUCCGAGGGGACUCACUCCGUGUGCCCAAAGGAGGGCGGAGCAAGGAUAGGGUCUCCGAGAGGGCGCAGUGACCCCCACACCAGGGCCUGUCAGUCACGCGGGCCUGUCUAAAUUCCCGGCCGUCCCACGCCUCCCGACGGCCAGACUCGGGGUCUGCUGUGGGGAUUCCGAGGGCCCGGGCCGAGCCCCCUCCCCACGCCUCGCCGGUGUUGGCUCCCUUCAUGCACCUCCCCACCCAUGGCCCUCUGAACAGCGCAGCCAGCUCCAUCCUGAGCCCCCGGGCCCGGCCCCACCUGCUCACCCAAUCACCGGACACCCCCCCUCAGCUCCCAGGCCCCUGCCACAUCCCUGUCACUUGCCAAGCAUCUGGAAGUACCAGGGCUGCGCGGCUGCCACUGGCCAGGAGACGCCUGGGGGAGCAGCAGGCCCGCCCUCAGGAGUCGAGCUGUGGGACACAGCAGGGCCACAGGAGGCACAGCUGGACAGCGGUGGCCACAGGAGUCUGAGACGGCAGGCCCACCACACACAGCCCCCGCCCUGGGCAGUGGCAUUGGGGGCAGGCCCGGAGAGCCUUCCCGCGUGCACUUCAUGAGCAGGAUGUCCCGGUGGGACCCCUGGCGGAAUUGGCCUCUGGCAGGGCCGGGUUUCCAGCUGGAGCAGGUGGAGGUGGAGUGGGGGUGAGGGGAGGCUGUGGCUCUAGCCCCACCUAGUUUAGUGACCCAGGGAGCAAGGUCCAGGAGGGAGCGCCCUGGCCCGGGGCCUGCUGGCGUCUUCCUGUCACUGUCCCCUGCCCCUCUAGGCUGUCCCAGGGGAGUUGCUAGGAGGCUGUAAACCUGCACAGGCAGCGUGAGGGGCAGAUGCUCUGGUGGGUGGGGAAGGAGGCCGGGAGGCGAGGCCCCUCAUAGCCUGCACUUGUCACCUCCUCUGCCAGGCGGGGAGGACCGCAGGGGACAGCAAGGAGGCAGCUCCUUGGAUAAGCCUGUCUGCAGGAGACUCAGGCAGGCAGCUGAGGCCCAGCUGGGCUCCAGGGUCCUGGGGACAGAGCAGGCACAAGGGGCAGGUCCAUGGUGCUGGGCACCGCCCCACCCCUGGACCCUGUGUGCUGGCCCUGGGGGCCCAAGAGGGGCCAGCGGGAGGGGCCAGAGACCCAUGCCCUGGGGCCUGCAGUGCCCUCCAGUGGUGGGAAAGUGGGCCUGCACUCCAGCCAGCCCUCUGUGGACUUUCCCAGGGCUCCCUGUACCCUCCCAGCCCCAGCCCACUGUAUGCACAAGUUCCCAAAAGAGGGGAGCCUGUGGCCUGGGCAUCCCCCAAAACAGAAGUGGCCUCGAAAUUGUCUUUUCCUUUUUAUUCAUACAUGGGAGGCACGGGCCCAAAGGGAAGAGCCCCUGCUGAGGAGGCAAGGCUGUCUGGGGCCCCACUGGCCCAUGGUGGCACCUGUCCACCACUGCAGAGCUCGGGCUGUGUGGCGUGCAGCAGUGGGGGGCUGGGUUUGUGCUUCCGGAAGGUUUGGGCCCCCUCAUUCCUGCAUCGUAGGCCCCCAGAGGGCUUCUGAGUGUGUUCCGGCCUCAGGGGCCUGAACUGAGACACCUUGGGGCGUUGACAUGUGCCCACGAGACAGUCCAGGCCUUGCCCAGCCCCCGCACCUCGCCAAGGAGCAGGGCACUCGCCCAGCACACCCCAGACUCACAGCGGCGGACCACUAACCAGACUCCCCAAGUCUAAGGUGGGCCAUGUGUCCCACAUCCUGGGGACAGAACUGCCACCCCAAGCAGCCCAGCGGCAUCUCCUGAGCGCCUGCUGUUAGCCCUGCCUGGAGUGUGGCCGGGCAGGCCCUCCCAGGGCGCUCCUGGACACUCAGCUGGCUCUGUGUUCCCAGGGGGGCAACAACGCCGGGCACACGGUGGUGGUGGACGGCAAGGAGUACGACUUCCACCUGCUGCCCAGCGGCAUCAUCAACAGCCAGGCUGUGUCCUUCAUCGGCAACGGGGUGGUUGUCCACUUACCGGGCUUGUUUGAAGAAGCAGAAAAGAAUGAGAAGAAAGGCCUCAAGGACUGGGAGAGGAGGCUCAUCAUCUCCGACCGUGCCCACCUCGUGUUCGACUUCCACCAGGCCGUGGACGGGCUCCAGGAGGUGCAGCGGCAAGCCCAGGAGGGGAAGAACAUCGGCACCACCAGGAAGGGCAUCGGACCGACCUACUCGUCCAAAGCUGCCCGCACUGGCCUGCGCAUCUGUGACCUGCUGGCAGACUUCGACGACUUCUCCGCCAGAUUCAAGAACCUGGCCCAUCAACACCAGUCCAUGUUCCCCACUUUGGAAAUAGACAUUGAAGGUCAACUCAAAAGGCUCAAGGGCUUUGCCGAGCGCAUCCGGCCCAUGGUGCGGGACGGCGUCUACUUCAUGUACGAGGCGCUGCAUGGCCCCCCCAAGAAUAUCCUCGUGGAAGGUGCCAACGCAGCCCUCCUGGACAUCGACUUCGGGACCUACCCCUUUGUGACAUCAUCCAACUGCACGGUGGGCGGCGUGUGCACGGGGCUGGGCAUCCCCCCUCAGAACAUCGGCGACGUCUACGGCGUGGUGAAGGCCUACACCACACGCGUGGGCAUCGGCGCCUUCCCCACCGAGCAGAUCAAUGAGAUCGGAGACCUGCUGCAGAGCCGUGGCCACGAGUGGGGGGUGACCACGGGCAGGAAGAGGCGCUGUGGCUGGCUCGACCUGGUGAUCCUGAGAUACGCCCACAUGGUCAACGGGUUCACCGCGCUGGCCUUGACGAAACUGGACAUCCUGGACGCCCUGGGUGAGAUCAAAGUCGGCGUGUCCUACAAGCUGAACGGGAAGAGGAUCCCGUAUUUCCCAGCUAACCAGGAGAUCCUGCAGAAGGUCGAGGUGGAGUACGAGACGCUGCCUGGGUGGAAAUCGGACACCACGGGCGCCAGGAAGUGGGAGGACCUGCCCCCGCAGGCGCAGAACUACAUCCGCUUCGUGGAGAACCACGUGGGAGUGGCAGUGAAAUGGGUUGGUGUCGGCAAAUCAAGGGACUCGAUCAUCCAGCUGUUUUAGACGAAGGCAGAGCUGACCCCAGCAGGUCCCCUCCCCACGUGAAUUCCUCAGAGGCAAAACCAACACGGUAGACAAAGAAAUAUGAAAACGAUUUUCUGGACUUUUCUACUUCUCUUUAAGCCUUCAGUUCAACCCACUGAUCUCUACGAUGAUUUUAAAUACCUGAAAACCAGUGCUGGGUACAUGUUUAAAACCCUGAUGUUUGAAAUGAGCCAAGGUGCUCAAAACACAGCCCUUCUGUGGCACUUUGUCACAUGGUUGUACGUCCGGUCUGGCAAUAAACGUAUCCAGGGGCCACCGAGA